GUCCUCACUCUCACACUCUUCAUCUCAUCUCGAACUUGCGUCGCCUCUUCCGCUCGUGUCCCGACAUGCGCAUUCAUCUCCGUCUUCCCGCCCCGCUGGGCGUCACUGUCCUCAAUGUUGAGCCCAGGGCGCGCGCCGGAUCCCUUCUCCCGGAUUGGGACGCUUAUCUCCGCACACGCGCUCGCAUCGUCGACGCGGACACUCCGCUCUCCGAGUUGAACACGAACGGCAUAGUGGAGAUCGAGGUCGUUCCUCGUCUUCGCGGCGGCAAGGGUGGUUUCGGUGCCAACCUUCGUUCUCAGGGCGGGCGGAUGAGUGCGAGCAAGAGCACCAACUACGACAGCUGCAAGGACCUGAAUGGUCGGCGGCUCGGCACUAUCAAGGAGGCCCAAAAGCAAGCCGAGCUGAUCGAGAGCUGGGACGAGAUGCAGGCCAAGGCCAAGGCAGAGGAGCGUGCCAAGCUUGAGGCACUGGAGCGCAAGCUCGGUGUAAGCUCAAACGGCGAUGUAGGCGAGGUCGAUGUCGAGGAACUUGCGCGCAAGAAGCACAAGUUCGAGGACAACAAGUUCCUCGAGGAGAGCCGUGAGAUCAAGGACAACGUUCGGUCCGCCGUGAGCGCCGCGCUCCUCAAGAAGAAGAAGAAGAAGGCCCCAAGCCCGGACUCCAAGGCUGCAGGAGUUAAGGAUGCCGCCAAGGUAGCGCAGAAGAAGGUCGAGGUCAAGGGUUCCAGCGCCAAGGUGGCAGCAUAGCGCAAAGUGUUGUAACAAAUGUAGCAUGAUACAGGUAUUGGAUACAGUUUCACCGUUUCCCUUCAUUCCUCCUCAGACAAUUCGCUGGACGGCUCACGCAG